AUGACGGUGAACGAGGCGCCAUGGCUGACGUGGCGGGUGGUGGUUGCCCUCAUGGUCGCCACAUUUCUCCUCUGCCUCGUCCUUGAUGGACUGAAGUGUAAAAAAGGGGGCAUGACACACUGCAUCGGGGGGUCCUUGGCGCCGUGCGAGCAAGAGGUGAACGCGCCGUGGUGUGACGACAUGGUGACACCGCCCUUCUUACACGACUACAAGGAGCAGUGCGCCUGCAUGAUGCACAACGACUCACGGCUGCUGGUGCACAUUGUGGAGGUGGCACCACCCCGCACGUUUCCAUCAACCACGCAGUCUGGUCAGCGCAGCAGCCGUGUAUUGGAGCGUAUUUCCAUUGCUGCUCUCGUGGCGUCUGCGUUAAAAAAUAGCACGGGUAACGUUAUUACAUCAAAUACGAGAAACGGCAUUUUUGGCGCGAACCUCUUUGCACCGUUGCGCACCGACGUUGGACUAGCACCCCCCACCACGGGCCCCUGCCCCACAAACGUCAGUAGCCUGAUGGUAUCCUACAGCUUUGAUACGCUGGUGGUCCCGCUGUCAUCAUCGCUGCUUCAGGAUACAGAGUCCGUGAUUCCCUUUAAAAACGACGUAUUUGCCCUCAAAAAACAUUUUCCACGUUUGCAACGCGUCUUUGAACAACUCUUGUCACGAAGAACCACACUCUCAGCGUCAAAGAGGGUUGCCUGUUCAAAGGUGCACCUUGCCAUUGUGAUCACGGUGAUGCCCGGCACCAAAACCUCAUGGGUCAAUAAGAACGCUACAAACAUUGCAGUGACUCUGUUCGACGCUCACACGUACGUUAAGAAAAUGCUUACGCGAUAUCUUCGCAAAAAGCCUCGUUACGUCCGGUUACUGAACAGUAUUUGGUAUGUCGGAAUUCCCAUUGGAUUCCCUGUGCAUCGCGGCGUUUUCGAUUACGCUGCUAACGUUAUGGGACUUCCUCCUCAACGCAACAACGACCAGGGAGGGGUUAAGGAUGUAAACUUGGGCUCCGGCAGUGUGGGUAGAAAUAUUGAGUCCACCUUGUGUAGUGCUGGUGAUGAAAACAUUGAAAUGUGCCGUGCGAUGUGUCGGCUCUACGAGAUGCAGGUUGCCGCGUACCAAGAGGCAAACGGCGGUCUGCAGAAGAUUGCGGAAGCAAAGGGAGGGCGCGUUGGGAUGCGCAGUUUUUUCCUUCCGUACCGCGAUCACUUUCAAACAGAGUUAUCUGCGGAGCGGUUGAACUGGCGCGAUUGCCUUCAACUCUCGCUCAACGGGAGUGUCGCUGUGGCAAAGAGCAUCGCGACUAGUCUUUUUAUUCCAUUCUAA